AUGGCUCAGAAAUCAGUCAGGGUUACUAGGAAUUUUAGUGCCUCUUCGGCUGUUAUCCCAGGUAACCGGACAAGCUUUAGCACCAUUUCGGUAGCCCGGGGAGGUGGUGCAGGCUUUGGACAUGCUGGUGGUGGUACCUUUGGCAGCAGAAGCCUCCAUGGUUUUGGAGCAAGUAAAAGAAUUUCCAUGGGUGGCUAUCACUCUGCCAGAUCCGGAUAUGGCUAUGGGAUAGGUCAUGGUGGCAUUGGGUACAGAGUUGUCGGUGGUGGUGGGUAUGGUCCAGGUGGCUUUGUACCUGGAGCUGGUGGCAUCCAUGAGGUAACCAUCAACCCCAACCUCCUGGCUCCUCUCAACCUUGAGAUCGACCCAACCAUCCAGAAGGUGAGGAAAGAAGAGAAGGAACAGAUUAAGACCCUCAACAACAAGUUUGCUUCCUUCAUUGACAAGGUCCGUUUCUUGGAGCAACAGAACAAAGUGCUGGAGACCAAAUGGAGCCUCUUGCAGGAACAAAAGAUCACCCGUCACAACAUCGAGCCUUUGUUUGAAAGCUACAUCGCUCUUUUAAAGAAGAAGCUGGAUGAUAUUUUGGGACAGAGGCCACACCUAGAGUCAGAACUGAAGAACAUGCAAGGUGCCGUGGAAGACUUCAGGAUCAGAUAUGAAGAUGAGAUCAACAAGCGCACAGCUGCAGAGAAUGAAUUUGUGGUGCUCAAGAAGGAUGUGGAUGCUGCCUUCAUGAACAAGGUUGAGCUGGAAGCAAAAACCGAUAGCCUGCAUGAUGAAGCCUGCUUCCUGAAGACUCUAUAUGAUGCUGAAAUAGCCCAGAUGCAUGCCCAAAUUUCGGACACCUCUGUCAUUCUCCAAAUGGACAACAGCCGAAGCCUGGACCUGGACAGCAUCAUUGCGGAGGUCAAGGCCCAGUACGAAGACAUUGCCAAUCGAAGCAGGGCUGAGGCAGAAUCCUGGUAUCAAAGUAAGUAUGAAGAGCUGCAGCUUUCUGCUGGAAGGCAUGGAGACGACCUGCGCAAUACCAAGAGCGAGAUCUCAGAUUUGAACCGCAUGAUUCAGAGGCUUCACUCCGAGAUUGACAAUGUGAAAAAACAGUGUGCCAGCCUGCAGGCAGCCAUUGCUGAUGCCGAGCAACGUGGAGAAUUGGCCCUGAAAGAUGCCAGGAUAAAGCUAGCUGAACUGGAGGAGGCUCUAACAAAGGCCAAGGCAGACAUGGCCCGCCAGCUGCGUGAAUACCAGGAGCUUAUGAACGUCAAGUUGGCCCUGGAUAUAGAGAUCGCCACCUACAGGAAGUUGCUGGAAGGAGAGGAGAGCAGGCUUGCUGGAGAGGGUGUUGGUGCAGUAAAUAUCUCUGUGGUCCACUCUUCUGGAGGCAUGAACUACGGUGGUGGGAGUGCCAUGGGAGUCACCGGUGGAGCUGGCCUUGGCUACGGAGGAGGCCUCAGCAUGGGAGGAGGCGGCAGCAGCAUCAGCUCUGCCAGUGGGCGGGGGCUCAUGGGAAGCAUGGGCUCGGCCAUGGGCAGCAGCAGCUCCAGUAUGAAAAUUGUAUCCAAAACAUCCACAACUAGAAAAAGCUACCAGAACUAA